AGCUGUUUAGAGGUCAUCUUAGAACUAAAUUCCAAAGAAAUACUUUUAGGCUGAUAAAGAGUCCAGAAAAAGGAGGAGGGAGAGAAAAAGAAAAAAACAGAUGAGUGUACAGAAGAGCAGCUGUUUGCAGCUCACCGAGGUGUGCUCUGAAGGUCAAAACCCUACAUCAGCAAUUAGUAGCAAACUCUUGAGCUCCUCGACCUCUUAGAAAGCACAAUUGAGUCCGAUAGCAUGUGAAAGACAUGCACACUUCAUAUAAUGCCACCAGCAAGUCUCCCUAGAAAAGCAGUUUUUGUAGGUGAAAACAAUGAAGCCAGGUAAAAUUCCAAGGAGGUUAUAAUUUUAGAAGACCUACCAACAACACUGAUGUAGGAAGCUCAUUAUUUUAAUUUCUGGAGACUUUUAAUUCUUUUCUUUAGAAAGUGCAUAAAUAAUUGCAGUGCUGCUUUGCUUCCAAAGCUGGGCAGUAAGUUCAACAAUAACAGCAGCAAUUCUGAUCCUGGCCAUCAUGGAGUUUCUUGAAAGAACGUAUCUUGUGAACGAUAAAGCCGCCAAGAUGUACGCUUUCACACUAGAAAGUGUGGAACUUCAACAGAAACCAGUGAAUAAAGAUCAGUUUCCCAGAGAGAGACCAGAGGAGCUGGAGUCAGGAGGCAUGUACCAUUGCCACAGUGACUCUAGGCACACAGAGAACAGGGUGAAUGAGCACGCCUAUGCCAAGUGGAAACUCUGUGCUGCUUCAGCAAUAUGCUUCAUUUUCAUGAUUGCAGAGGUCGUAGGUGGACACAUUGCUGGGAGUCUUGCCGUCAUCACAGAUGCUGCCCACCUCUUAAUUGACCUGACCAGUUUCCUGCUCAGUCUCUUCUCCCUGUGGUUGUCAUCGAAGCCUCCCUCUAAGCGGCUGACGUUUGGAUGGCACCGAGCAGAGAUCCUUGGUGCCCUGCUCUCCAUCCUAUGCAUCUGGGUGGUGACUGGUGUGCUGGUAUACCUGGCAUGUGAGCGCCUGCUGUAUCCCGAUUACCAGAUCCAGGCGACCGUGAUGAUCAUCGUUUCCAGCUGUGCAGUGGCAGCCAACAUUGUACUAACUGUGGUUUUGCACCAGAGAUGCCUUGGCCACAAUCACAAGGAAGUGCAAGGCAAUGCCAGCGUCAGAGCUGCUUUUGUUCAUGCCCUCGGAGAUCUAUUUCAGAGUAUCAGUGUGCUCAUUAGUGCACUGAUUAUCUACUUUAAGCCAGACUAUAAAAUAGCCGACCCAAUCUGCACAUUUAUCUUUUCCAUCCUGGUUUUGGCCAGCACCAUCACUAUCUUAAAGGACUUCUCCAUCUUACUCAUGGAAGGUGUGCCAAAGAGCCUGAAUUACAAUGGCGUGAAAGAGCUUAUUUUAGCAGUCGAUGGAGUGGUGUCUGUGCACAGCCUGCAUAUCUGGUCUCUAACAACGAAUCAAGUAAUUCUCUCAGCUCAUGUUGCUACAGCAGCCAGCCGGGACAGCCAGAUGGUUCGGAGAGAAAUUGCUAGAGCCCUCAGCAAAAGCUUUAUGAUACACUCACUCACCAUUCAGUUGGAAUCUCCAGUGGACCAGGACCCAGACUGCCUUUUCUGUGAAGACCCCCGUGACUAGCUCAGUCACACUGUCAGCUUCUCAUAUUUGACAGGCCACCUCCAAACAUACUGCUAUGCAGUUUCUACAUCACAGAAAAUAAGGAAUCAAAGGAAGAAAUUUAAGGAAGUCAUGUUAUGGCACAAUGCGCAUUUUAUCUAUUUAUUUAGCUCCAUCCACCAUGAAGGAAGAGGCACUGAGAUCCAUCAGUCAAUUGGAUUAUAUACUGAUCAGUAGCUAUGUUAAUUACAGGAACGUGUAUAUAGAUUAUUCCUGAGUGGAGCCAAACUAACAGCUGUUUGUAACUAUUGGCAAAUCAAAAUUCAUCUCCCUUCCAAUAAUGUCUCUUGAGAACACAUAGGUAAAUUUGAACUCAGGAAAGUCUUACCAGAAAUCAGUGGAAGGGACAAAUAGUCAAAAAAUUUUCCCAAAACACGAAAAACAAAAAAUAAAGAGAGUCAACUCAGGAAUAAAAGUGACUCUGUAUGCUAACAUCCCAUUAGAACUUGGUUCUCUCACCAAGCUAUAAUGUAAUUUUUUUUCCUACUCUUAAUUGGACAUAUGUAUGAAUAUACAGAGAGGCAGGUACAACUAAUUUUUAUUGUCACAUUUUGGCAAUAAAUCCCUCUCAUUUCUAAAUUCUAA